CAGAGCGCGCAGCCUACGGUGGCCGGAUGCCGCAGCACCAAACCUCGCGAGAAGGAUGAGCUCCUCCCACUGGGCGCGCCCCCUGCCCCACCCCCCUGGAGAGAAGGCUCGGCCGCCAUGGAAGGGCAGGCUCCUGACAGCGGGGACAAGCCCUUGGCCGAGGCCCACGCUCUAUUCCAUCGUGGGGAGUACGACAAGGCCGAGGCGCUCUAUUCGGCCUACAUUCAACAGUGCUCCUUCGCAGAAGGGGGAGCGCGCGCCGCCCCCCUGCGCUCGCCCGAGGACUUGGCCGUGGCCCACAACAACAGGGGGCAGAUCAGGUACCUUCGGGUGGACUUCCCGGAGGCCGUGGAGGACUACACCGCGGCCAUCGAAGCCCUUCCCCAGUUCGAGGUGCCCUACUACAACCGAGGCUUGAUAUUUUACCGGAUGGGACAGUUCGAUGACGCCUUUGAGGACUUCCAGAGAGUGUUAGCCUUGAAUCCCGGCUUCCAAGAUGCUGUGCUGAGCUUAAGACAGACCAUUCUAGACAAAGAAGAAAAGCAAAAAAGAACCGAUUAAGAGCGCCGCCGCCCUCCGAGCUUUACUGAUCUUCCCCGUGGCCUGCUUGUGAUUGCUUGUUUGUCCUUGUUUGUGGCUGUUUGUUUGUGGCUGACCAAAGCCAGACUCCCUGGGCUCACGUUCAUUCACAUGUAAGGUAGAGACGCGAGCCCAGGUGGGCUUCAGAGAGAGAGAACCCACGUCCUCAUCUUGCUGGUGCCAAGUAGCGACUCUUCUGUGUUCUGAUGGCUCAACGGCGCGAUGCGGUUGAGCUUCACAGCCGUGUGCCGUGUUUCUCGAGUCGCCCCACUUUGUAGUCUGCCUCUGGCGAAACAAGCCUUGGCGCUUUGAACAGGAAAGAAAGGAGGAGCAAGCCCUUCCUCAGCAAGGCCUGAUUGGAUCUUCCCAUCCUUCCGUGUUGUCGAGAAAGCACUUUGCAUGCCUACCCCGUCCUCUUCCUCCUGAGCUUCUGUGCAGCCAGUGGGGGGGGUCGGGAUCGGGUCCACAAGGUCGAUAAAGUGCUGUAGAAAUAAAGCAAAAUCCAGUUUUCUGUU